AGUGAUGACGGCUAUGAUGAAAAGUUGAAAAUGGUAAGCUAGCUUUAGGUGACAUGUAGUCACCGCCUUCACUUUCUUCUCUCUUAUAACUCUUUUCUGUCAUCAAACGCUUUACAAAAAAGGAGAAAAAAAAAAUUGUCUUUUUGGUGCUUUGAAAUUGCAAAGUAGAAAAAUGGGAAUUCCAUCAGAAAUAAGGGAUGUUUGGAUACAGAGGAAAAGAAAUUCCUUCAUAAUUCCUUCCCCUGCUGAAGACGAGAAGAAUUUGAGAGCCAAGCAAUUCUCUCAAGAAGGAAUUCGUGCCGGUGUCAAGGCGGCUGCGGUCGCCGCCGUUGUCAGCGCCGUACCUACCUUGAUUGCAGUACGUAAGAUUCCUUGGGCAAAGGCAAACCUCAACCAUACUGCUCAAGCUCUUAUCAUCAGUGGAGCAUCAAUUGCGGCCUACUUCAUUACCGUAGAUAAAACCGUUUUGGAAAGUGCUAGGAGAAAUUCUCGAGCACAGUUCGACAAAACUGUUUGAAUGCUAGAAUUGAAGGUAUUCAGUGGCGAAGGUUCGCAGGGCAAGUAUGAUACAUGUCAAUAAGUUUUAAAGCUGUUGUAUGCCAUGCAUUCACUUUUUUUUCUUUUUUUUUUUUCUGUGGAAUUUUAUCAUCAAUUAAGCAGUUUUAAUGUAUUUAGGCGAUGUUUUACGUUUCAGUUUAUAGGCAUGAGAUUAUAUAAUCCUUUUAUGACCUUUAAUAUGGAACUCAGUUGAGUUCUUUCAUGGAGUUUUGGUUGGAUUUACUUUGUUUAAUUGCAUGUUUGUGGAGAAUAAAGAUGGUGGAGUGUAGCAACAAA